CUCACAGUCAAUAUUGAGCUCACCGGGGAAGGUCGCGUCCUUCGGCGUCGGAAGUGAAAUUUCUGUGAAAGAUGGCGGCGCGCAGGGUGUACGGCAAGAUUAAACAAAAUGCCUUGCUCCCCGAACACCUGCUGCAGGACACCCUGACUAAGGUCCCCCCAGCUUCCUCGUCGCUAUACCCUCCUAUCGUAGCGUCCCUUACUGCUAAAAGCAAAUCCUCUAAGCGCCGCCGGUUAGAGGAGCACUAUAAACGGGUGCAUGCUCUCACUAAUAUCCCGGAGAAACUGAAACUCAUCACCGGCCUCCAGCGGCUCAAAUACGUGCUAUAUCCUCAGACAUUCGCUCUGAACGCCGACCGCUGGUACCAGCAUUUCACAAAAACUGUUUACCGGCCUGGGCUACCGGAGAGAGGGACUAGCAUAGGGGCUACCACUCAAGGGACACCAUGGGACCAGGAGCAGCUGAAGGCAAUGGUGUGCGAGGCUCUCCUGCAGGAGUAUUUCUAUGCCAAGAAAGGCAGAACCUACCUGUACAGGAGGCAGGAGGUGUCAGCUGCCCCCUUUCUGACCAGCCUGGCAUCGAUACUGAGCACUCAGUGUGCCAAGUAUAAUCCAGUGCUCUUCCAGUCUAGCCUGGGUAAGUACUGGUUUAUUGCUGCCAGGGUAUUGACCACUAAAUCUCCUUGAAGUUGCCAUUCAACCUUUUUUAAAUGCGUUGGUUAAAAAAAAAUAACCUACUUGAGACAUUUACACGAUUACUGUUAUUUUUAUAUAUUACAAAAUAAACUCUGAGUAAUUACAACUGAUUCUACAAUAUAUGUGCAAUGCUACAAAAGCCAAGUAAAAAACAGGAGGUGGUAACCUGGCUACCAACUUCUUGGUUUUUACGUGGCUUUUAGCUUUGUCCAUAUAUUCUGUUUUAUUGAGAUAGAGAUAGAUAUAUAUAUGUAAAAUUUUGUGCCAGUUUUAGAGCUGUAUUAAGAAGCUAAUCCUCAUGUUUAUCUCUUCUUUAUUAGCUAGGAUUGGUUUUUCUUUGAUAUAUUUUAGCUUUAUUACAUCUGAUUCAAAGUGUAUUAUUAAAACAUUGCCUGUGUAGUGUUUGUGUAGAACAUGAUCUGCCUCUUAUUUUUAUUUUAUUUUUUUUCAAGCUUAUCACAUUUUCAGUCACAAUUCUAUCUCAUGUCAUAAUAGUAAAUGGGCAGAUGCUGAACAGGGGACAGCACAAGGGGUUAAAGACUGCACCACAGGGGUAGUCCUUGACAGAGGGGGAAGCUAUAGUGCCAGGAAGACAAGUUUGUUUUCCUGGCACUAUAGUUUCCCUUUAUGUGGGAUUUCAGAGUAACUACAAAGUUAAUUUCCUAUAUUAGGCCAAAGUAGCUUAAUGAGAGAACUAACAUAAUUUUUCUUGUUCAGCUAUUGUAACCUUAAAUUUUACAUUCACUUUCCAUUCACCUUGAAUUCACACUUUAGUGAAUAACUUUUUUUGUUUUUAUUGGAAAAUAGUGCCAUCCAUCUUUGGGUUUUGGAGACUGUAAACAUUUUCCUAUUCACUUCACUUUUUUUUUAUUUUUUUUUAUUUUAUUAAGCAAGUUACAAAAUACAGUAAAUAUACUUUUUUUUUUUUUCACAUAGAUGUAAAACCAGAGGUAAACUUUUACUGGCUUCGUGGAGAGACCAAGGUUCCCCGUGGACACAGAAAAGGUUGUAUUGAUCCUGUGCGAUUUCAGAUUGAUGAUAAGCCACUUGUCCAGAUCAGAAUACCCAAAGCUCUUGCAGAAGUAAGACCUUUUGAGAAAAUGUAUAUUAAAUUCUUUAAAGAUAGUGUGUUUUUUUUUUUUUUUUAAUUAUUUUUAUUCUAAAUUUAAAAGCUGUGAAUGAAAAGCGAGUACUUUCUUGGAGAUGAAAUCAUAUUUUUUUUUAAUUACGGUAAGUAAAUCUAGUGCGAUUCUCUUUAUCACAAGAUGGUAAAUUUACUUCACACCUCUAUGCAUUCUUUCCAGAAUGUUUCCCUCCGUGUCAUUUGUUCUCCCCUCAAUAUUGUUUAGCUCACUUUUAAAGUAUUAAGACUUUUUCUAUAGAAGUAAAUUCUUUAAAGCUAGUAGCAACCCUAGCUUUCAACGGUAGUGUACAUUUGGGGUCUAUGGAAUCCUAAAUAAGGAUGAAGCACACAAAUGUAAAUCAUUAACACAUGUAAUUCAAAAUUGAAGUACUAAUGAUAUUUGUUGACUUAGAAUACAGCAGUGUUUCAUUAUUAUUUAUGAUGUAUCCAAAAGAACAGCUCCACUUCUUUCCAUGGUACUGGACUGUUGUGUUUUUAUUGAUGCACAAUAAAAAUUUUGUGGUGGCAUGUAACUUGCUAUUGUGUACAUAUUUAAUUAAUUUUCUAUCUGUAACCUACCUAAAACAUGCUGGUGUAGGGUGUGAAUGUUUAUCAUGCGCACGCAUAUAUUGGCAAAAUAUUGUUUAACCUUUUUUUUUUUUUUUUUUUUUUAAGUUUGUUCCCCUAGACAGUGUUGUACCAGAAGAAGUGCCAGUUAUAAACUACGAGCCGAGUAGAUUGCCGUUAUUUAGUCGACAGUAUGAAAACAAAGUUUAUAUAGGUAAAUUCUUUAUGAUGGUAAUCUUUUCAGUGACAUGAUAAAAUAUUUGUGUAUUAUGUAAUUUAUUUUAUGAUCUUUAACUUGGCAGACAUUAUAAGCAACCGUUAAGCAGCACUAAAAAUUGUUAUAUAUUGUUUGAAAUAAGUGUUUUAUUUUUAUUUUUUUUGAUAGCUGACCUACAAAGACGUUGCCAGCCUCAGUGUAGUAGACUCCAAACAUUGCUAUCAGACUAACCAAAGAUUUAUCUGCAGAUACCCACAAUGAAAUAAUUAGCCAAGAAUUUGAAUAUUGCUUUCUGUUCUAGUAAUCUUAAACAAUUCAGUGGUGGGGGAAGUGCAAAGGAGAAUGCAAAAUAGUGUUAUUCUAUCAGUAAUUGGUCACUAACAAUAAUCCAGCACAACAUAAGCAAGGGAAAGCGAAAUUAAUAUCCCAUCAUGCUUUUCAGUUACAUCAUCAUUUGAAUAUUAUGAAUAGGCAAGUGCAUUGAUGAUGCUUAUAAAGAGCGGUGUUAUUAACCCCCUUAAGGACGGGACUGUUUUUGCGAUGUUGUACAUUUGCGACCAGGCAUCUUUUUACACUUUUGUGGUGUUUGUGUUUGGUGUAAUUUUCCGCUCUCUCAUUUACUGUUCCCAUACAAAUUAUAUAUUUUUUUCAGGAGAGAAAUGGCUUUCUUUACAUACCAUUAUUUAUAUAAUCUCAUUUAAUUUAAAAAAAAUUAAAAAAAUAUGAUGAAAAAUUGAAGAAAAAUGCAUGUUUUUUGACUUUUACUUGAAAAAUCUUUACGCGUCUACAAAAGCAAAUGAGAAAAAAACUGCUAAAUUCAAAAUUUUGUCCUGAGUUUAAAAAUACCCAGUAUUUACAUGCAUUUUUGCUAUUUUUUUUUGCAUGUUAUAGGGCUAGAAGUACAAGUAGGAUAUUGCGGUUUCAAAACAUACAUUUUUAAAAUUUUAUCAAUAGUGACAUUGUAACACUAUUAUCUGUCAUAAAUCUCUACUAUUAUCUGUAGACAACCCAGGGUAUUCAAUAUGGGGUAUAACCAGACUUUUUUAGUAGCCACUUAGUCGCAAACACUGGCCAAAUUUAAAGUUCAUAUUUGUUUGUGUGUGAAAAAACUAAAAAAAAAACAAAAACUAAAUUGAACGCUAAUUUUGGCCAGUGUUUGUGACGAAGUGGUUACUAAAAAAAGACUGGAUAUACCCCAUUUGCAAUACCUUGGGUUGUCUUCUUUUGCAAAUGGUAUGCCAUCAUGGGGGUAAUUCUCAUUCCUGGCUACCAUACGCUCUCAAAGGCAACGUAACCAACCUGGCCAUUUUCAAUGUAAAAAUAUUUGACCCUGUAACUUUAAAAACGCUAUGAAACCUGUACAUGGGGGUUACUGUUAUAUUCAGGAGACUUUGCUGAACACAAAUAUCAGUGUUUCAAAACAGGAAAACGUAUCACAACAAUAUCAUCCGUAAAAGUGCUGUUUGUGUGUGAAAAAUGCAAAAAGUCACUUUCACGGACAAUAUCAUCGCUGUGAUAUGUUUUACUGUUUUGAAUCACUAAUAUUUGUGUUCAGCGAAGUCUCCCGAGUAAAACAGUACCCCCCAUGUACAGGUUUUAGGGUGUCCUAGAACGUUACAGGGUAAAAUACAGUGCUAGCAAAUUAAAUUCUCUGGACUUUCGGCCUGGCUUGGCAGGCAGGUCCUUCAAAUUGCAAUCCAUAAAAUUACUUAAUUAUGUAGAAAUAUUACAUAAAUACGCAAGUAGAAAUUAAAUAUAUGCAUAUUUAUAUAUUUGAAGUCUAUGUGUAUAUUUAAUUAUGUAAUUUUGUAUAUGGAUAUAUGUAUAUUUCGUCUCUCUCUCUCUCUCUCUCUCUCUAGUCUAUUUUGAGAGAUCUCUCUCUCUCUCUCUAGUCUAUUUUGAGAGAUCUCUCUCUCUCUCUCUCUCUCUCUCUCUCCAUUCUAAGUCUAUUUUGAGAGCUCUCUCUCUCUCUCUCUCUCUCUCUCUCUCCUAAGUCUAUUUUGAGAGAUCUCUCUCUCUCUCUCUCUCUCUCUCUCUCUCUCUCUCUCUCUCUCUCUCUCUCUCUCUCUCUCCUAAGUCUAUUUUGAGAGAUCUCCUCUCUCUCUCUCUCUCUCUCUCCUAAGUCUAUUUUGAGAUCUCUCUCUCUCUCUCUCUCUCUCUCUCUCUAAGUCUAUUUUGAGAGAUAUCUCUCUCUCUCUCUCCUAAGUCUAUUUUGAGAGAUCUCUCUCUCUCUCUCUCUAAGUCUAUUUUGAGAGAUCUCUCUCUCUCUCUCUCUCUCUCCCUAAGUCUAUUUUGAGAUCUCUCUCUCUCUCUCUCUCUCCCUAAGUCUAUUUUUGAGAGAUAUCUCUCUCUCUCUCUCUCUCUCUCUCUCCUAAGUCUAUUUUGAGAUCUCUCUCUCUCUCUCUCUCUCCUAAGUCUAUUUUGAGAUAUCUCUCUCUCUCUCUCUCUAAGUCUAUUUUUGAGAUCUCUCUCUCUCUCUCUCUCUCUCUCUCUCCCUAAGUCUAUUUUGAGAUCUCUCUCUCUCUCUCUCUCUCUCUCUCCAUUCUAAGUCUAUUUUGAGGCUCUCUCUCUCUCUCUCUCUCUCUCUCUCUCUCUCUCUCUCUCUCUCUCUCUCUCCAUUCUAAGUCUAUUUGAGGCUCUCUCUCUCUCUCUCUCUCUCUCUCUCUCUCUCUCUCCAUUCUAAGUCUAUUUUGAGAGCUCUCUCUCUCUCUCUCUCUCUCUCUCCCCAUUCUAAGUCUAUUUUGAGAGAGCUCUCUCUCUCUCUCUCCCCAUUCUAAGUCUAUUUUGAGAGAGCUCUCUCUCUCUCUCUCCCCAUUCUAAGUCUAUUUUGAGAGAGAUCUCUCUCUCUCUCUCUCCCCAUUCUAAGUCUAUUUUGAGAGAGAUCUCUCUCUCUCUCUCUCCCCAUUCUAAGUCUAUUUUGAGAGAUCUCUCUCUCUCUCUCUCUCAAAAUACAGUUAGAAUAAAAUAUCAUAUAGAUAUAAAAACAUUUUUUUAAUUUAAAUUACUUAUUUGUAUUUUAUAUAUACAAUAUAUAGUUAUUAUAUAUACGUGUGUAAUUUAAUUAUAAGUGUAUUUUUAUAUUAAUAUAUGUACAUAUUAAUAUAAAUACUUAGUAUGACAUUAUAUAUAUAUAUAUAUAUAUAUAUAUAUAUAUAUAUAUAUUUUUUUUUUUUUAUUAUUAUUAACAUGUACCUUUAUUUUUUAUUUUACACUAGCAGGGAGACACAUGGACACCUAUUGUGACCAUGCGAUCGCUCUGUUGAGCGAUCACAAGGCCACAGGGGUCCUAAUCCGCCAUGGGGAGACUGUCUGGGCUGCAGGCAGUCUUCCCACACCGGGAGCACCGCCGAUCGUCACCGGGGGAACGACGGCGAUCGGGUAAGUACAUUUAACCGUUAGGACGGUUCAGGACUGUCACCGGUCGGCAACGCUAAAAUGCCGAUGAUGGUCCUGAACUGUCCUCGGUUUAAAGGGAUCCUAUAGUGCCAGGAAAAAAAAAGUGUUCGUGGCACUAUAGGCUCCUGGAGAGUCCCCCUCCCUCGGGGCCCCCCCUCCCAUGUGGCUGAAGGGGUAAAAACCCCUUCAGCCACUUACCUGAACCCAGCACUGAUGUCCCUAGGGUAAGGGUGGUUGUCCCAGGUCAGUGGGUCGCUUUGGUGUCAGGAGUAAGUGUAUUUAUCUUAAAAAGCAGCAUGAAAUUCUUCAGUAUAGAAAUAAAACAGGAUAUAGAGCUCUGUUAUAUAUAAAAAGAAAGUAAUAAAAGGAGGUAUACUCACAUAGGGAGAGCAAGCCAGGUUUUUCUCAAUCCCAUACAGCAUAGGUGUUGUAUUUGCCACCAAGGAAAUAAAAGGGCGAAUCCUCUAGAUAAAAUUUGCAAUGGUAACAUCAGGAAGGUCCAAUUUCAGUGAGAACUAAUUUUUUUUAUUAAAGGGAUACUCCAGGCACUCAGACCACUUCUGCCCAUUGUGAGGAUCUCCAGCGUCGCUGAAAUCCCCAUAGGAAACCAUUGAAUAAUGCUUUCCUAUGGGGAGGUCUAAUGUGCGUGCGGAGCCUGACCCAGCACCGAAGGACAUAGGCGCUGGACUCCGGUAAGCAACUUGGCAUGGGGGGUGGGAGGGAGAGGGAUACUACAGGGUCCUGCAGUGCCAGUAAAACUGUUUUCCUGGUACUGGAGAAUCCCUUUAAAGACAAUUAAACCAAAAUACAGCUAAAACGCUAAUGUGUUUCACCACAGAGGCUUUCUCAAAGUGUUCUUUCAUUUAAGUGACAUUUCCAAAAUGCAAAGAGCAGAAUUCACUAAAAUUCACUCUACUAUAAAAUGGAACUUUUUAUGAAUAAGGAAAAUAAUAUAAUGCUUGGUAUUAGUAAUGUAACGAUUUAUUAACAUUAUUUUAUGCCAUGCUUUGCAAUUUGGAAUUGCAGUCCUGUCUUUCAUGCCGCUCUCUGCUCAUCCUAAACUUACAGUAAUGCUAUACACUAUAAUUUGCAUGAUGCACAACAUUUUCAAGAAUACACAGUGUUUUUUGUUUUAUAUAUUACAGACCUUGGGAUUGUGAACAUGUACCUGUACUGUUUAACUGUACAAAUAAGUGCCAGAUAAUAAAAAAAAAAAAACUUGUAUCAUCUUAUCUUUAGGUUCCCAAGUAGAAGAUCUUUGUAAAUUUGGCCACACACAGAUUCAUCUGGUCCCAGAUAGAUUCACGAGAUUGCAACUAGAAAAAAGAAACCUUGCUGAUCAAAUUGAAGUUUUUCUUCGGUCCAAUGCUAUAGCCAGUCUGUUUGCAUGGACUGGAGCUCAAGCAAUGUAUCAAGGUAAAGCUAAAUAUCUAUUAUAGUUAACAUCUUAAUGACCAACAUCAUGCAAAACAUGACGUAAAGGGAUAACCUUUUAGCGGUUAAUAAAAUAAUUAUGACAACCUUUUUAUAUUACAUGGAGACCAUUAUCCUUUGCUCUCCAACUUGGUUACAUUGAUAAGGCAGAAUUAACAUGUCCACACUGGCAAUUGCUUCACCCUGAAAAACAUUGAUAGUCUGAGUGUGCUGGAAUAACAUGCCCUCGUUAAUCUCAGCCAGUAACUGGCAUGCAUGUUUUAUGAGUAAUAAUUUCAUACUGUCUGUUUCUGAUGUUGUUGGGGAACGUUGGUCAUUGACUGUAAUGUUUCCAAAUACAGAGAGAGUCGAGGCACACAGAUUUCAUCAUACUGCAGACUUUUUAUUAGAAUAAGAACAAAAUCACAAAGUUUUAACCAAUAUGGUUGACCUCUCUCACUACUCUCUGUAUGUGUAUGACCCUGUAGGUUUGUAGUACAUGGAUUCUUAUAUACCUCAAUUGGUCAUUGUGUAGCUUAUAAUUUUUAUUUUUUAUUUUUUUGUGAGUUUUGACUUCAUUGGUGUCCCUGUACAACUGAUAUCACAAGAUAAGCAUGGAAGGUGUCAUUAACUACAUUCAUAACGGAACACUGUGGGGUCAGGAAUGCAAACCUGUAUUCCUGACUCUAAAGUGUUAAAAAAAUCACUAUCUCCUCUCCCCCCUUAUUUUAAGUCUGCAAGCGAUGGCUCUGACCCCGAUCUGCCUCCUUGACAGGCAUUCUCAGAAGUGAUGAUCUCAGCCAAUCACAAUGAUUUCCCACAGGAAAGCAUUGGAUUGGCUGAGACCGUCAAGGAGGCGGACCGGGGCGCAGUGCAUAGCGUGGCGACACUGAAUGUCAGUGCUGCAUACUGUGCCACAUUGCCCCAGGUAGCACCUCCAGUGGCCAUCUGAGGAGUGGGCACUGGAGGUGUCCCUAGGGAGCAAUGUAAACAGCCUGCAGAGACUGACUACUCGCCAGAACAACUACAAUAAGCUGUAGUUGUUUUGGUGACUAUAGUGUCCCUUUAAAGUACUUAAUGUCUAAGUUAAAUGUUACUCUAGAGGAAUUCAAGCCUUGUAAUGUUUCAGCCAUAGAGUAAAAUGAAAAUUAUCCUAUUUACAGUUUGGCUUUGGUACCCUUUUGAAUAAUAUAAAGUUAACUAUUAUGUCUUUGCAGGUUUCUGGAGCCAUGCAGAUGUAACACAGCCCUUUGUGUCACAGGCUAUUAUUUCCGAUGGAAAGUAUUUCUCAUUUUUUUGUUACCAACUAAACACAUUGGCUUUGACUGUUGACACUGAUGUAAACAAUUCUCGCAAGAACAUUUGCUGGGGAACGCAAAGCGCCCCAUUGUAUGAAACCGUGGAAGGAGACAACAUCAAAGGAUUUAAUGAUGACGUCUUUAAGCAGCUGGUUCACUUCUUUCUUAGCUGCUCAAAUUAAAAAUAGUUUAUUAACUUAAAACAAAGAACCUGAAAUAUUAAGUGAUAUGACUCGGAUAUGUAUUUAUUUGCAUAUUAUCACAUGCAGUUACCUGUUGCAAAUAAAGUAAUGCAAAGUUUUAAUUUGGCUUAUUUCAUAAUUUUCUUUCUGAUAAGGGAUAGAGUAAUGAAUGCAAUGCAAAUUAGACAGGCAGGUGUAGAUCCGGUUAAAUCUAUUGUUUUUUGAAAAAUUUAACUAAUGGGUGUUGGGCAGAAAAAAACUGUACUUGUGAACUCAUACAGAUCUUGGAUAUUAAUAAAGUUAGAAUAGUUUCAUAUUUUUCACAUUUUCAUGUUGAGAAAGCAUUUGUAGACGCGAAACACGUCCAAUGUUUUCAUAGAUUUUUGUGUGUGUGACCUUUUUCGGCGUCACGAUGGCAACGAUGCUAGCGUCACGGAAAUGGGCGGAGCCAAUGCGGCACAUGCGCACACAAUCCGGUAGGACGCUGGUUUUCACACACAGCACCUGGGGUGAGUUAAAUUACAAUUAUUGCAUUAUAUGUGUGUGUGUAUGUAUAUAUUGUUUUUAAAAUGUAUUUGUGAUCCUAAUGAAAGUCCACAAGAUGUACUGAAACGUUGAUCUGUUUUAGACGUUGGAAUAAAAGUUAUAUUUUAUUGGAAUACCGAGAGUGCAACCAACUAUUUUUCUAUUUGGAUAUCUAAGCACCUGGUUUGGCAUAUUUUUGGAGCCUGAGUGCAAGUUACAGUCUAACUUAUAAAAAUUUUUUUUUUAAAUUUAUAUAAAAAUUUCCCCUCUACUCCCUCCUACAGGUACAUGGACUUUUUUAUUUAUUUUGUCUGUUCGUGAACAUCAGGUCUGUACGCGUAAGCCAUGUUCUCUUUUGUAUUAAUAAACCUGUACUAACAAAGGA